AGUUACCGUUUGUUUAGUCUUUUAUGGUAUUUAGCAUGUUGUUAGGAUUUGAGAAUUCCACCUGUUUAAGAUCAGUACUAUGUGAAAAGUCGUAGUUCAAUUUGGUUAUGAACAAUUUUUGAAGUUGGUUUCUGUUUUUGAUGGUGGAACCGAUCUUUACAAUUGGAUUUUGUGUUAGCAUCAUAAAUUUUGUAAGAGUGAAAUUUUAGAAGUAAAAUAAGCAAUGGCUAACGAUUUUCUUGCCAUUAGUCCAUCCAACUGUAACUCUUCUAAUCUGCAUGUUCGUUAACAUUCUGUUGAGGAUGGAACUGCUUAGAUUUCAGUAUACUCAAAAUUUGGGUUAGAUCGGACUUACACAUUGGUUGCACAGCAAGCAGCAGGAGUGAGACAUAUAUACUAUACGUGUUUGCCUUCAUUUCUAUAAAAUUAAUUCUCACAUUUCAUGAAAAGCUAUCAUCUUUAUACAUCUUUUCAAAUAGGUAUGUAAUAAAAAUAAAAAUCUUGAGUAUUUGUUUAACUAAAGUGUUAUAUUGUAGGAUAUCCCGGUGCAGCUUACAAUGGUAGAAGCUUCAUGCCACACAUCAUCUCUAUCAAUGCUGGGGAGGAUGUCUGCGGGAUAGUGAAGAGAUUUUCUGACAAAACACCCCGAGUUAUUUGCGUGAUGUCUGCCAGUGGAGCAGUCUCUAAUGUAAAACUUCGCCAACAGGAUGGAACAGUCAACACACAUGAUGGCCUUUUCAAUAUCUUGAGCUUGUCUGGAUGUCUUAUUCCCCAGGGAGACUCGAUUCAGGGAACAACGACCUGGAUUGGUGGAUUAACUGUCUCUCUAGCAGGUGUUGAUGGUCGAGCUUAUGGGGGGAUUGUGAACGGAGCCAUGAGAGCUGAAACACCUGUCAUGGUUGUGGUAGGUAGUUUUCUACCUGGUGUUCAGAUAGGAAAGGGUAAAAAGUCUGACGCUGGACCAUCUACAGCUAUGCCACCGGCGUCGCCAGCACCAGCGCCUCCGUCACCGCUGGCAUCAGCGCCACCACCCCCACCGUCACCAGCACCAGGACCAUCAGCAUCAUCUCCUGUACCAGACUGGUGGGCCGGGUGUGCAGAUAGCUGGCCAAGAUUUGAUCCAGGAUCAUAGAUAUAUAUAAUAUUGCUGGUGUGUAGCCUCACACUUUCUGAAGUAGGUUUUAAUGUACGUAUAGCUUUCUGAUGUAGAUCGAAAGUAGGUUAUUCCUGAAGGUAGGCCUAUUUUCUAUUGAUGUUGUAAUGUUGUAUCAAAGUUUAUUUGCUGGCAACGUUAUGGGAUAUAAAUUAAUGUUGCUGAAAAUUUCUUGCGAACAUUACAAUUCAUGUUUCUUUACCUUUAAACAAACACGUAAGAUAACUUUGUC